AUGGGAAAAGGCGUCUGUCAGCUCCGCAAAAGAUUAUGCAUCAACCUAAGCUUUUUUACCCAGACCACGAGACGUACGCCCCGAGAGUGCUAGACCGACCGGACAACCAACCUAAUCGACCCUUUCCAGCUUUCGUCCUCCCCGAGAAUCUUGCGUCCGUAGGGACACCCAAUUUGUACCAUCCCCCCAAUCAAGAGAAAGAUCUUUUUCCAGCGCCCCCGGCAGGCUUCCACAUGGCUCCGUGCGGAUGUUUCUUUGACCCCCGGAUCUACCGCAUCGAGUGGGCAACGGCCAAUUUUGUCCAGCCCUCGGUUUACAAACUCUCCGGUGGGCUAAGCCCCCAAAGCACAUACCUUUUGGACAGCCAGAAAUACCUCAAGGGCCCCAUUCAGCCGGUCCCAUACCCACCCUACCAACCCAUUUCAAACAACCCCCCGUUUGUGUUACCUUUCUUCAAACCGGAGCGGCCUGCCCCUAACUUGACAGAGCAGAUCAGCUUCAUCAGCAAACCUCUCCAAGGCUCCCCGUUUGUGGAGGCCCCUCACCUCCCCAGUGAAGGCCUCGUGCAAAGCAAAGACCACCCACUCCAAGCCACUGUCCCUGGGCUGACCCUCAAGGAGCAGCCUGCUCAGACGGAGACCUACAACCCUCUGAAAGAGCACCCGGUUGACCCUUCAAGCAACAGCACGUCAACCAACCAUGACCUGCUCUUUCAAGAUACCAAGAACCUCCCCGUGCAAGGAGAAGAAUCCAGAGAAAACGACACAAACUCGUAUUGUAUUGAGAACCCUACUGUUUUGGAGGUCCAUUCAGAAUCCCAGAGCCCUGUUGGUGUGCCCUUCGGUGAGAUAAUAACAGAACUGGACCCUUGCAUGGACUUGGAGGACAUCAUCACCAACAAAAACAACUUGCUGGGCGAGCAAGAGCCUUUUGACUUGCCGGAGAAAGUCCUGCUGGAAGAUGCCAUGAAACUGUUCGACUGCUCUCCGGUUACCGAGGACGACCCCGAGAACGGGACACUAAGAGACAGUUAUGACAACGGGUGUUUCCCCUGCGAAGAUUCGUCCAGUGACAUUCAGUCUCUCAACCUGCCAGAUGAGCUGCUCUCAUUUGAUUACAGUGUCCCGGAAAUCCUGGGCACGGUGACGAGCUUGGAUUACCUGUAUGACGUGAACGCUUUCAGGGAGGACCUGCCGUGGGAAAACAAGGUAUCCCCGCAGGGUCACCCGAAACACAGAUCCCACUCGGGAGCAGAGGAAAAAAGGAAGGACGGCGCUGUGACGGCCAGGAAGGGCAGAUCUGUGGCCUACAAACCACAGCUGGCCUCUGCCCUGGUGAAAUGAUGGAAGACCCUCAAACGCAGGGGUCUAAGAUGCAUCCUAGCAUACCGGACUUGGGCUUUGUUACACGAUCAAGAAUGGGGACUGGUUAUUCCUA